AUGGCACUGCUCCACUGGGGGCUGCUGUGGCUGCUGGUACCGCUCAGCUCAAGAACUCAAAAGCUUCCAACGCGAGAUGAGGAGCUCUUCCAGAUGCAGAUCCGGGACAAGGCAUUUUUCCAUGACUCCUCUGUCAUUCCGGAUGGAGCGGAAAUUGGCAGUUACCUCUUUCGAGACACACCUAAAAGGUAUUCUCCCUGUGGACUGUCUGUAUCACUCAAGAAACAAAGUGACCCCGAGCCCCUGGAGCAACAGAAGCAGCAGAUCACCAAUGAGGAAAGCACAGAGCUGUUCUCCUACAAGGGCAAUGACGUCGAGUAUUUCAUGUCCUCGAGUUCUCCAUCUGGCCUAUACCAGUUGGAGCUUCUUUCAACAGAGAAGGACACACAUUUCAAGGUAUAUGCCACGACCACUCCUGCAUCUGACCAGCCAUACCCCGAAUUACCCUAUGACCCCAGAGUCGAUGUGACUUCUCUGGGCCGCACCACAGUGACUUUGGCUUGGAAGCCGAGCCCCACAGCCUCUCUGCUGAAACAACCCAUCCAGUACUGUGUGCUCAUCAACAAAGAACAUAAUUUCAAGAGUCUCUGUGCUGUGGAAGCCAAACUGAGUGCGGACGAUGCAUUCAUGGUAGCACCCAAGCCUGGUCUGGAUUUCAGCCCCUUUGACUUUGCCCAUUUUGGAUUUCCUUCCAAUCCUCUGGGUAAAGAACGCAACUACCUUGCAAAACCAUCUCCAAAACUUGGCCGCCAUGUCUACACAAGGCCCAGGGCGGACAUUCAGAAAAUCUGUAUAGGAAACAAGAACAUCUUCACCGUCUCAGACCUGAAACCAGACACUCAAUACUACUUUGACGUGUUUGUGGUCAACAACAGCAGCAACACUAGCACAGCCUACGUAGGGACCUUUGCCAGGACCAAGCAAGAAGCAAAGCAGAAGACUGUAGAGCUGAAAGAUGGCAAAAUUACUGAUGUGUUUGUGAAGAGGAAGGGAGCAAAAUUUCUACGGUUUGCUCCAGUCUCUUCUCAUCAGAAAGUCACCAUCUUCAUCCACUCCUGUCUGGAUGCUAUCCAACUGCAAGUGAGAAGAGAUGGGAAACUUCUCCUGUCUCAGAGCGUAGAAGGCGUUCGGCGGUUUCAGCUGAGAGGAAAACCCAAGGCAAAAUAUGUCAUCCGUCUGAAAGGAAACAAGAAAGGAGCGUCCAUGUUGAAGAUCUUAGCCACCAGCAGGCCCAGCAAGCAAGCAUUUCCAUCCCUUCCUGAGGACAUGAGAAUCAAGACCUUCGACAAGCUUCGCACCUGUUCUUCAGCCACGAUAGCUUGGCUAGGCACCCAGGAGAGGAACAAGUUUUGCAUCUAUAAAAAAGAAGUCAAUGAACAUUACAACGAAGAGCAGAAGAGAAGAGAGCAAAACCAGUGCCUCAGCCCAGCGACGAGGAAGAAAUCGGAAAAGGUCCUCUGUAAAUAUUUCCAUAGUCAAAACCUGCAGAAAGCAGUGACCACUGAAACCAUUCGAGGCCUCCAGCCAGGCACAGCUUACCUGCUGGAUGUUUAUGUGAUCGGUCAUGGUGGGCACUCUGUUAAAUACCAGAGCAAAGUGGUGAAAACAAGGAAGAGCUGUUAGUUGUCUCCCACAGAGGGAUGUGAGGUAGAACUCUAGGAAGGAGGUUGUAUCACUUGAUCUAGAAACUGACUGUACAUGGAAAGAAGCAUGUCAACCUGUGGAAACUGACACUGAUUGUAACUCAUGUUCUGGGGUAUCCAGUGGUACCUACAUGCAUUCCAAUCCAGAGGACAUCUUAAAGGAACAGUCACCUCCUACCCCCACCCCCCUGCCCACUGCAUGAACCACUUCUAAAUUAUUUUAUUACCUGAAAGUUUUAAAAGAUAAUGCCACUCAUUGCCCUCACUCCUGCAAAAGAAAUCAUUUCUCUCUAUAGAUGCUAGUGGAUAUAUAAAUUAUUUUAUAAAGUCUCGUUUUAAAUGUCAGUGUGUCUAUGAUUGUAAACUAUUCAAUUCUUUCCUGUCCAAGUACAGAUGGAAUCUAAGUAUUAUUAAGUGGACAGCCCUCUAGUCAGUUAUAUUGCUAUUGUAAAUUCUCAUUUGUUAAGUAAAAUGUUGAAAUUCUAUAUGUAUCUCCUGUACAAAGUGGACAUACAUUAUAUUCGUGUACAUAUAAUUAAAGAUAUUAGAUUCUCUACUGUUCAUUUUCCCAAGC